CAAUAAACCCAAAACAUCCGUUCUCUUUAUAUGUCCAUACAAUUAGCCAUGAAGUGGACUCUUUAGUUUAACUACGUAUGGCCAAAGUUUUAUUCGGAUGUUUUAGAGUUUAUGUUGUUUGGAAUUAGAAUGGUAAUCAGUAAAAUAUCUUCAAUGUAUGAACUAUUUUCAACUACGCUAAAUAUUAAUAAUAGCUCAUUUUAAAGCUUAAUUUAACCUACUCUUCUAUACUCCUAUUCGUUAAUUUAAAUCAUACUGUCACAUUUUAAAGUGGUGUGAAAAUGUACAGGUAGUUUUAUCUCGUAGAGAGGAUGUCUGACCAGACGCUCGAGUACUUCUUGAGCCGGAGUGGAAUAAAGCAGAGGGACGCUGCGGAGGUGUGGUGGUCGCACGCGGUGAACAGCAGAACCAGGCUGGCGGAGGCGCUCGCAGGUGGAUUUACACCGUGUUCUGCACGAGAGCACUGUCCAACUCAUAUGAUUGAGGCAGACAUAAUUAUAAGAGGUCGGGACCCUAAAGAGCCAAUCAUGGCACAUCCCCCUGAUACAGACAGUGACAUCACACUGAAAGAGUGGCUGGAAGGAGUGAAGGAGUAUGACAAGGGAAUAAAACUAGACUUUAAGAGCCUGGAGGCAGUGUAUCUGUCUGUCGUUCUGCUGGAGGAGGUGCUGGCUCAGCUGAUCCGUCCUGUGUGGAUCAAUGCAGAUAUACUCUCUGGUCCUGGGGGAAAGGCCAGACCUCUGGAACCUCAGGCUUUCCUUUCUGCUGUGAGAUUUCUUCCCACUCACACUGUGCUCUCUCUCGGGUGGACUACAGGAUGGACUGCUGGGACAGAUAACGCAGGUUACAGCUGGGAUAUGGUGCGUGAGAUGGAGGAGAUAUGUAGAGCCCUUAAACAUCCUGUAACCUUCCCAGUGCGUGCCGCUCUCCUGCCCCAGUCGUUGUCGCAGCUCACAUGGCUGCUGCAGCAGUCAGACAGAGGAAAGGAAUCUGAACAGGCUUGAAGAGCCAGGGCACAGUGAUCCACAUCUGCUGUAGCAUCCCAGAGAGACGAUGGUGCCACCACCACCAGCAGAGAACAACAAAGAUGACCAUGCAUGAAAAGUUAGCCAGAGAAUUUCAUGAGCAAAAAAUGAAUGAAACUCUAAAUUAGGAUUGCAUACACCCUGGACCUUGAUGGAAAACCAGUUAUUACGGUUCCUG